CUGUUGAGUGAGGAAGGUGGGUGAGCCGAGUACCGCCGUCCCGUCACCCCUUUCUCCCUACGACCUGCCUCCAGAACCCAUUCCCUCCAUUACUACCGGUGCCGACUACUACUACUACUAUCACUACCACUACUACUACUCACACUAAUACUGCUCCUACUACUAAUACAACUACCACUACCUUUCUGCUGCCACAACGACAUCUACUACAACAUCAGCUGCUACAACGGCAUGUUACAGCGGCUUCAAUCGGUCUGCCAUCUCAAUGCAGGCUUACAGGUUUUAAAAGAGAUCGAUACAGAGAGAAACAGAGACAUAGUAAGAAAGAUUAAAGAGAUAGGAAGACAAGUAUAUGCAGUAAUGAAAGCGAGUAAGUGAUUGAAGGAGAGAAAAUAAGAAAGUGUGGGAGAAGAGAAAAACGAAGAAAAAAAAAGUAAAAAAACUAGAAAAAUAGGAAGACAAGAAGAAAAGAGCGUGAAAAAUACGAAAGAAGACAGAAAAAAGAGCUCGAACAGAGAGAGAGAGAGAGAGAGAGAGAGAGAGAGAGAGAGAGAGAGAGAGAGAAAUGCUGAAAACUCACUGAGCUGAAACGAAAACAAAGACAAUUCCAACAACAGCAACAACAAAAAACAAAAACACGCGACAGUAAAAAAAAAAAAAAACACCAGGAAGAAGAAGAAACACGCAAGAGACUGAAAAAAAGGCAAAAAAAUAAGGAAACAGACACGAAAAGGAGAAAAAAACGGUGAAUGUAAGAUAGAGCGAGCGAGAGAGAGAGAGAGAGAGAGAGAGAGAGAGAGAGAGAGAGAGAGAGAGAGAGAGCGGGGUAGUCAGCAGGGAUCAGCAGUCAAGCAGGCAAAGUGUGGUGCUGUCGGGGAGCGCUAAGGAUGAGUGUGGCCAGAGUGCUGAGUCCCCUCCGUCUCGCUGCGCCCGAGAAAAACGGCCAACCCAGCCCCCGGACCAGCGUGACGGAGGGGUUGGCCACACCAUUGCGCUCUGUCCUGACGUGCGUGGGGUGUGGACGUCGCUACGAUGAUGGCUCGCACCGACCCAAGUUUCUCUCCUGCUUCCACACCGCCUGCCUCUCCUGCUUGCGGAAGGGCUUCAACGGCGGCAAGGUCCAAUGCCCAACGUGCUCUUGCGUGACCGAGGUGAAGGCCCCGGACAGCCUGCCGGACAACACCCAGCUGUGCACCAUCCUACUCAACAUGUCCUCCCUUAACCUGCACGAGGCCGGGACCUCCACGUCGGCCAGGGACACGUGCCACGCCCACGCUGCUCGUAUCAACUUCUGGUGUGACACGUGCCGUAUGCCGCUCUGCCGGGACUGUACCGUGCUGGCCCACCGCGAAGUACAUGGACACAAGGUGCGUGACCAUGACCAGGCGGUGGCGGUGCUGCGGGCGGAGGUGCGGUCCUCGGUGGGGGAGGCACGCACGCUGCUGCAGGAGACUCGCCGCCUGCGUCACGACCAGCGCAAGUACCUCCUCCGCCAGUUGGACGCCGCGCGGGCCUACGAGAAGCAGCUCAAGUCGGAACUCAAGUCUUUGGAUAAUGAUAAGAAGGAGGAUAGUCGUGGGUUGGACCGCAUCGAGACGGACUCCGCCCAAGAGACAUCGCUGGUGGGCCUUCACGAAAUGUCGCAGCGGGCAGGGUCGGUGGUGACUCGUUUAGCGCAUGAGCUCGCCACCGCCAAAGCUGUCCUCGCCGACUCGUUCCUGUCCCUGGGCAAGCUGCAUCGCUCCCAGGACGACCUUGACACCAUCGAUAUGAAGUCUUCGGCCAGCGGCAGCGGCGGCGGCUCGUGUGAGGGCUCGCCGGCGCGGGGCAGCGUGGAGGCGGCUGUGGCUGUGGCGGCGGCGGCGGCGGCGAGGAUUGCCGCGGAGGCCGAGGCGGGGCCGAGUGGAAGGAGCACGCCGGAGACACGGUCGCCGAGCAGCCCCGCGCGAGCCUGCGUGGAUCGCCGCAGCCAGAGUCUUGCCGGUCACUACAACAGCCGACGGCUGGCACACAACGGCCGGGCGGGCAAGUUGGCGCUGCGGCCUGCCCUCAGCCUGGAGUCUGCGGCACCAACCAUCCAGCCGCUUCCCCGCGUCUACCUCGACCUCAGCAUCGAGGGCAUACAGCAAACAGCGCGGCUGGUAAUUGAGCUGCGACCCGACAUGGCACCGCGGCUGUGCGAGAACUUCACGCUGCUGUGCACAGGCGCGCGGGGCUUCGGGUACCGCGGCAGCCAGGUGUUCCGCUGCCUGCCUGGCUGGUGGCUGCAGGGCGGCGACUUCCAGACCAACGACGGCGAGGGGGGCCGCGCCGCGCUGGGCGACGACGAGCUCAUCAGCGCUGAGACCACGGAUCUCGAGCCGCGUCCCGGGGCUGUGGAGAUGCUGUGUAUGUCCACCAACGAGCAGGGGCGCCUCAUGGUCGGCUCGCAGUUCUUCAUCCACGUCAAGAAGUACAGCUACACACACGUCUUCGCCUACGUCAUUGAUGGCCUCGACCUCGUGGAUAAGAUGACCCAGCUCGGGGACUCCACACACGUCUAUCGGCCCUCCAAGACCAUCACAAUAGCCGACAGUGGUCUGCUAGCGGCCUAGGGAAGGGAGGGGCCACGCACACCGCCCCCGCCCUACUACCAGUGUUCUCCUCCCCGGCCCCCACAAUAACUAUGCCCAAGGAAACAGACCGCCCCCCCCUCCCCUCCCCUCCCCUCCCCUACUUUCCCCAGUUCCCAAUCCUCCUUUCCUUAGUCAUGAAUAUCUAAGUAGUUAGUUUCCAUCUCUCUCUCACUAUCCAAUUCCCUCCUCCUCCUCCUCCUCCUCUUGUACCUAAGGAAAGUCCCCUCCCUUUUCCCCCUUUCCCUUCCUGUACAUUCCUUACCGACCGUUACCUAAUAUUAAACUAGCCUACCUUUCCUUACCCUCCCUUCCCUUUCCUUACAUCCACCAAUACGUGAGGAAAUUAGUCUUCCUCUUAGUUUCCUUCUUUUCCCUCUAUUCCAUUCCUCUCCCAUCCCUUUCUCUUUCUCCUUCUCCUUUCCCUUCCCUUCCCUUCCUUGCCCAUCAGUGCCCAAGGAAGCAACCCUCUUUCUCCUUCUCCUUUCCUUCCAUCCCCCCUCCCUCCCUUCCUUCUCCAAAUUUCCCUCUUAUUUCUGUUUUUUUUUCCUUCCUUGCCCACUAAUGCCACCCUUUCUUUCCUUACCCUUUCCUCCCUUACCCACCUACCCUCUUUCUCCUCCUCCCUUCCUUCCAUCCCCACUCCCUUCCUUCUCCUAAUCUCCCUUUCAUUUCUGUUUUCUUUCCUUCCUUGCCCACUAAUGCCACCCUUUCUUUCCUUACCCUUUCCUUCCUUACCCACCUACACU